CUUCGAAAUGAAACGAUUCGUAUCCUUGAAACCAAACUUGAAGGAAAACAGAAAGCAGCCGUAUCAUCGUCAUCCUCUCUUCUUUUGAGAAAGCAAACAAAAAAAACAACAGAAAUUACUCUAAAUUAAUCGCAACCCAUUCAUCGGCUCCAAGUGUUUCAAAUCAAAUUUCAUUGUUAAUCCAAUUCUCCAAAUUCACUCAUAAUUUCCCAGCGCGCCAAAUUUCCUAUAUAAAACGAGAUAUGCUUUAAUCUUUCACCUCAAUCUUUACAGCAAUCACAUCAAUCUUGCGUUUUUUCUCUAAUCUCGGGCGGUUUUGGAAUUUGGGUUCGAAGAAAGCUUUGAUUUUGGGUUGUGGGUAUUGAGAUUGGGAUUAGAAGCUGAAAAUGAGUAACCAGAAGAAGAGAAAUUUCCAGAUAGAGGCGUUUAAGCAUCGCGUGGUGAUGGAUCCCAAAUACGCCGACAAGACAUGGAAGAUUCUUGAACAUGCGAUUCACGAGAUUUACAACCACAACGCUAGUGGUCUCAGUUUUGAAGAGCUUUACAGGAGCAGAUGACGAAACAGGUAAACAAGUGUACGAGGUUUGUACAAUUGGAGGAAGAAAUGCGUACAACAUGGUGCUUCACAAAUUUGGUGAAAAACUCUAUUCAGGGCUGGUUGCAACAAUGACUGGACAUCUCAAAGAUAUAGCUCAAUCUGUUGAAGCUGCUCAAGGAGGUUCUUUUCUGGAAGAGCUGAACAGGAAAUGGAAUGAUCAUAAUAAAGCAUUACAAAUGAUUAGAGACAUACUGAUGUACAUGGAUAGGACUUACAUUCCAAGCACCCAGAAGACUCCCGUUCACGAACUUGGGCUGAACCUGUGGAAAGAAAAUGUCAUUUAUUCCAGCCAGAUCAGGACUCGAUUACUGAAUACACUUCUGGAAUUAGUACAUAGUGAACGCACUGCUGAAGUUAUUGAUAGAGGAAUUAUGCGAAAUAUAACAAAAAUGUUAAUGGAUUUAGGCCCUUCUGUUUAUGGGCAAGAAUUUGAGACUCAUUUUCUUCAAGUUUCAGCUGAGUUUUACCGGGUGGAAUCCCAAAAAUUCAUUGAGUGUUGUGAUUGUGGUGAUUAUCUGAAAAAAGCUGAGAGGCGUCUGAAUGAGGAAAUGGAAAGAGUGAGCCACUACUUGGAUUCCAGAACAGAAAAGAAGAUUACUAAUGUGGUGGAGAAGGAGAUGAUUGAAAAUCACAUGCUAAGAUUAAUCCAUAUGGAGAAUUCUGGCUUAGUGCACAUGCUUUGUGAUGAUAAAUACGAAGACUUAAGUAGAAUGUAUAACUUGUUCCGUCGUGUUACUGAUGGCCUUUCAAAAAUACGAGAAGUGAUGACUUCACAUAUGCGAGAGUCUGGUAAACAGCUUGUUACUGAUCCUGAAAGAUUGAAGGAUCCAGUUGAAUAUGUGCAAAGGCUCUUAGAUGAGAAAGAUAAAUAUGACAAGAUCAUAAACUUGGCAUUUAACAAUGACAAGUCUUUCCAGAAUGCUUUGAAUUCCUCUUUUGAAUAUUUCAUCAACUUGAAUCCUCGCUCUCCAGAGUUUAUUUCACUAUUUGUAGAUGAUAAGCUCCGGAAAGGUCUAAAAGGGGUUAGUGAGGAUGAUGUAGAAGUUACUCUUGACAAGGUGAUGAUGCUAUUCCGAUACCUCCAAGAAAAAGAUGUAUUUGAGAAGUAUUACAAACAGCAUUUGGCUAAAAGGCUUUUGUCUGGAAAAACAGUCUCUGAUGACGCAGAGAGAAGUCUCAUAGUUAAGCUCAAGACAGAGUGUGGUUACCAAUUUACAUCUAAAUUAGAGGGAAUGUUUACAGACAUGAAAACCUCCCAGGACACGAUGCAGGGCUUUUAUGGCUGCCACCCUGAGCUGAGUGAUGGCCCUACGCUCACUGUUCAGGUUCUUACAACAGGGUCUUGGCCAACUCAAUCUAGUGUCACGUGCAACCUGCCAGCAGAAAUGUCGACACUGUGUGAGAAGUUUCGGUCAUAUUACCUUGGUACGCAUACUGGGAGGAGAUUGUCUUGGCAAACUAAUAUGGGCACAGCAGACUUAAAAGCAACAUUUGGGAAGGGCCAGAAACAUGAGUUAAAUGUUUCUACAUAUCAAAUGUGUGUUCUCAUGCUGUUCAAUAAUGCUGAUAGACUUAGCUACAAGGAGAUUGAGCAAGCAACUGAGAUUCCUGCUUCAGAUCUUAAGAGAUGCCUGCAAUCAUUGGCUUUGGUUAAGGGAAGAAAUGUUCUUAGAAAGGAACCAAUGGGUAAAGAAAUUGUUGAGGAUGAUGCUUUCUUUGUUAAUGAUAAGUUCAGCAGCAAACUGUACAAGGUAAAAAUAGGAACUGUAGUUGCACAAAAGGAAUCCGAACCGGAGAAACAGGAAACCCGACAGAGAGUGGAGGAAGACCGGAAGCCCCAGAUUGAAGCAGCAAUAGUGAGGAUCAUGAAAUCCAGGAAGCAACUGGAUCAUAACAAUCUUAUAGCUGAGGUCACGAAGCAGUUGCAAUCACGUUUCCUGGCAAAUCCAACAGAAGUGAAGAAACGGAUUGAGUCUCUCAUUGAGAGGGACUUUUUGGAGAGGGAUGAUAGUGACAGAAGAUUGUACCGAUAUCUUGCCUAGAAUUGGAGAACUUGUUUCUGCGAUCACAAUGUAUCUUAUGAACCUGGUGACAAAUCACCUUUAAAUAGCUCCAUUGAUUUCAUUGUACAUUAAUUUGUUUUCUAAUUCUUUGUGAUGUUUCAUCUUUUAGUAAUCUGUAUGACUGUAUCCUCAAGCAAAUUAGGGUCCUUUCCACCCAUGUUUGUAAGAGGUCAAUUUGAGGAAGUCUUGUGUACUUUAUCCUGAUAACAUUGUUUGUUCGCAGCUCGGAGGUAAUCGCAAAAUUCUUGUAUUCAAA